CCUCAGUAGACAGUGUUUACGCGCUUCCUCUCUACUCUUUCCCUCAUCUCUUCGGCACCUUUCCGCUCACCAGCCUCGUCUCCGUCGUCCGCCGUCCGCCGGCAAGGGUUUGUGUUGUCAACUUCUUCGCGUCGCUGCAUGAACGACAACGAUAACCCUAAAAACGCGAACGUCACAGCAAACACAAUUUUCUUUACGGAUUUGGUUUGGUGAGUUGGGUAGGAAUCAUGGAAGUGGAAAAGGAAAAUGUUACUGCAGAACCAUCUUUACCCGCCUCCGAUGGUCAAGAUACUAUUUCUGAUAAUUCAUCUCUGCCCCAUUCAAUACAAACUAUUAUUCCUCCUGUUAUUGCACCUUCUGUUGUGCCUCCUUUAGCGCCAAUUCCCACAAUUCCUCCCCCUCGCCCACUGGCACCACUUCCAGUUCGGCCACCAGUUAUUAGGCCACCUGUGCCACAAAAUGGCGAGGUUAGAUCAAGUGACUCUGACUCGGACAAUGAUGACUCAAAUACAAGAAUUAACCAGGGGACUGGGGAGUAUGAGAUAUCUGAAGAGAGUAGACUGGUGAGAGAUCGGCAGGAAAAGGCAAUGCAGGAACUCAUGAUGAAGAGGCGGGCAGCUGCUCUUGCUGUACCUACGAAUGAUAUGGCUGUGCGAGCUCGGCUUCGGCAUCUUGGUGAGCCAAUAACUCUGUUUGGUGAGAGAGAGAUGGAGAGGAGGGACAGGUUACGGAUGAUUAUGGCAAAGCUAGAUGCAGAAGGUCAGCUGGAGAAGCUGAUGAAAGCUCAUGAGGACGAAGAGGCUGCGGCUUCUGCUCCAAAAGACGAAGCUGAGGAAGAACUGCAGUAUCCUUUCUACACUGAAGGGUCAAAGGCUCUCCUGGAUGCCAGAAUUUAUAUUGCCAAAUAUUCUUUGGCAAGGGCAGCAUUACGAAUUCAACGUGCACAGAGAAGAAGGGAUGAUCCAGAUGAAGAUAUGGAUGCAGAGAUAGAUUGGGCAUUGAAGCAGGCUGGGAAUUUGAGUCUCGAAUUCAGUGAAAUUGGAGAUGAUCGGCCCCUUUCUGGUUGCUCAUUCUCAAGGGAUGGAAAAUGGCUUGCCACCUGUUCUCUGACGGGAGCUUCCAAGUUGUGGAACAUGCCCAAAAUAAAAAAGCAUUCCACCGUGAAGGGGCACACAGAACGUGCUACAGAUGUUGCUUUUUCUCCUGUUCAUGAUCAUUUAGCAACUGCCUCUGCUGAUCGAACAGCAAAGUAUUGGAAUGAUCAAGGAUCACUUUUGAAGACAUUUGAGGGUCAUCUGGACCGUCUUGCCCGCAUUGCCUUCCAUCCAUCAGGGAAGUACCUGGGCACUGCUAGUUUUGACAAGACAUGGAGAUUAUGGGACAUAGAAACAGGGGAGGAGUUGCUUCUUCAAGAAGGACAUAGUAGAAGUUUGUAUGGCCUGGCUUUCCAUCGCGAUGGAUCAUUAGCUGCAUCUUGUGGACUAGACUCUCUGGCUCGUGUUUGGGACCUCCGAACUGGAAGAAGUAUUCUUGCUCUGGAAGGUCAUGUGAAACCGGUUCUUGGCAUCAGUUUUUCACCUAAUGGAUAUCAUCUAGCCACUGGUGGUGAAGACAACACGUGUCGGAUUUGGGAUUUGAGGAAGAAGAAAUCCUUUUAUACUAUUCCUGCUCACUCGAAUUUAAUAUCACAAGUUAAAUUUGAGCCACAAGAAGGUUACUUUUUGGUAACUGCCUCGUAUGACAUGACUGCUAAGGUUUGGUCAGGCCGUGACUUUAAGCCUGUGAAGACACUAUCUGGGCAUGAAGCAAAAGUUACCUCUGUGGAUGUUCUUGGAGAUGGCGGCCACAUUGUUACCGUCUCCCAUGAUCGCACCAUAAAACUGUGGUCCAGCAAUACGAACGAACAAGCAAUGGAUGUUGAUUAAGUUAUGCAAUUUCUGAAAGACUUUGGCGGCCCAAAUGAGAUUCAUCAUUUUUGUUAGAGACAACAUCUUAGCAUGACUAUUUUGCUUGGAGGGAUUUUACCUAAUAUUGAAAAAAUACAUUUUUUUGCCACCUUGUAUCACUUAUUUAGUCGUCCAACCAAUUACACUUGAUGUAGCAUGAGUAAAUAACUAAAUAUCCCUUAAUUUCAAUGUAGCAUCCUGUUUUUUUUUCUUUUACACUUUUAUUUGCAUGUAAAAACACUGUAUCAGUAUGCUUAAACACAUUUAGAUAAUUUAAUUGAAGGAUGUCAUUCGAUUGGUGAUUUCCAAAACCAAAA